AUGCCUGUCGAUGUGAUGACGCAGGAGCAGGCAGGCCCCGUCACUUGCAAGCUUGCCAGCGAUGUGGGUUCAUUGCCAAGCACGGCGGAAAGCUGUGGUGAGUCCUCCUCCAGAGACGAUGGCAGUGGCGCCUCACAACUUUGCAAGAGGUGUGUCCAUCUUCUCUCUCCCGCUACAAAACAGGGGGGAGGUGAACUGAACCCCACAGCGUACCUGUCAAUUGUGCAUCGCCUGCAAGAGAAAGUGCAUGUACUACAGGAGGCACUGCUGACUUCCAAUAAAUGCGCGUUUUUGCUGGACUCCCUCGGGCGGCCGGGAGAUCCGUCCACGACGGAAGUACCGCUGCAGCAGCCAAGAAACUUUGGAGAAGGAAACGUCACACGGAGGAUGCGCAACGAAUGGGCGCAGGCUGUGGAAGCGAACAAUACCAUCACCUCACUACGGCAUGUAUCAUCGCAAAUAGAUGCAGAGAAGUUUGACGGGUGGAUGAGUGAAGUUCCUCUCAACUGCUGGAAUAACCGUGACGUCAGCCAGAUGGACUCCGUCUACAUCAACACCUGGGAAGAAGCAAGUAAGGAGAAGGUUACGACUUCCCUUUUUCACGCAAAACAGGAACGCGUUGGUGGCGCCGCCAACACGUCUGCAAGUCCCUGUGUUGCGGUGGAUCCAGUCAUCCUUGUGGAUAUCACCGCAGUGUUGCACAAAGGUGAGCCGCGUCCUCCUGCCGCGAUGUGUGGGGAGGAUUUUUCGCGUGUUGAAAUGGAUGCAGGAGGAAAACACCUAGCUGCAGAGAAUGUACGGUUGCACGGGGAGGUCGCUGAAAUGCAGCGUGCGUUAGAAGUUAGAGACGAGGAGGUGCGACGCCAAAAGGUGGAGCUGGCAGGACUGAACCAAACUGUAAAGCGACUGCAGGAGUGCAACAAGGCGCUGCAGGAGUCCUUUGAGGCCCUGCAGCAUCGCUGCGACGAUGCAACGAAGAUGACGUGUGCCACUGAGUUGAGGUCUAAGGGACUAAUCGCGACGAUCGCCUCACUUGAAGUGGAGAGCAAACAAAAGAGCACCGACUGCGCAGCGGCCCGACGUGAGGCAGAGGAUGCAUGGCAGGAGGUACGGCGGCUGGAGUCCGCGCUGCGUGCGUGGGAGGUCAAGGGGCGUGAAUUACAACGGCUCCGCCUGUUAAUGCGCUUCUCAGAGCUGAAGAAGGACAGUGACAGGCUCAGUGUCGUUGAGGAUGAAAUGGAGUCUGCCGAGAAUGAGCGGGACCGUCUCCGCGAGGAAAAUGAACGCUUUCGUGAGCUCCUUUCGGAGUAUCGCAAGAAAAUGGAGAUUGCCGUGACAAACACCGCCGAGCCUGAGCCUUUGACCCCCGCACUGGAGUAUCCUCCAACACGCAACUGUGAGGUGCCGCCAAAGUCACAGGCGCCCCAGGCAACUGUGCCGCGGCCGAACACGGCUGAUGAGAUGCGGGAACCGCAGCGACCGCCUGUUGCAUCGGACGCGACUGGGAAAAAGCGCAAGAUGUUCGUUCCCCAUCCGGGACGUCGCCACUCUUCAUUAAGAAGAUGGAGGUUGGGUCUUUCGUCAUCUUGUUCCGGCAGUAGGAAUUGUCAGGAGUUCUUUGGCUGCAGGGGCGACGGUGCCUGUCAUCCGCAAGCAGUGAGGAAGUGA